AUGUCCUCGAGUACACCCACGCCUCCGGACACGAACGGCGCCAACUCCCACAAACGUCCAAGGGGCGGGAGCCCAGGCGCCGAUUCCAACGGCAAGGAUCCAGCGACCGACAACACCAAUGUUCCCAAACCGAAGCGCCUAGCAUGUAUGAUUUGUCGGAAACGCAAGUUGAAGUGCGACGGUGUUAGACCGAGUUGCAGCACGUGUGCUAGGUUGGGUCAUUCUUGCGCCUAUGAUGAAGUUCGUAGGAAAAGCGGUCCAAAGCGGGGAUACGUCAAGGCUCUGGAGGAACGACUGAAGCAAGUUGAAACCCUUCUCAAGACCCAAGACCCCCCCGCCGCACCCGCCGAUCCCUCCAGGACGAUACCCCUUGGCCUUGACACCACAUCUAGCCGCACUCAGCAAGCUGCCCCGACUUCGAACUUCAACGUAGCGUCCUCAAACCUGAAUGUUCCCACCGAUCGCGAUGCUGAACGCUGGAGAUUCCAUGGCGAGUCGCCCCAAACCCAAAAUGCGCCCGCUCCUCCCGUGGACGACUUCAAUUUCAACUCCAACAUGUCGAUGGGAAUGAACAACGUUGGGAGUAACUUUACCUGGGAAAUGAUUGGGUUGGGUUUAGAAGAGCCCCUUCCCCCGCAGGAAACGAUUGACGAGCUCCAUCAAAUCUACUUUGAAAAGUGUCACCCUUCGGUUCCCAUGAUUCAUAAAUAUAGAUAUCUAGCUGCCAUGAACCUGGCGCCCAACCAACGACCUCCAGUUGCGCUGCGGUACGCCAUAUGGACUUUGGCGUGCUCAAUCACUGAGAAGUACAUUGAUCUCAAGGAUCUUUUUUACCAGAGAGCCCGCAAGUAUGUCGAAGCAGACUACAUCAAAGGCUACGGCGAACACAUGAUUUCCGUGGCCCACGCACAAACACAUGUGCUUUUGGCUUCCUAUGAGUUCAAGAUGAUGUACUUCCCAAGGGCCUGGAUGAGCACAGGCUCAGCCGUUCGUCUUUGCCAAAUGAUUGGGCUGCACAGGCUCGAUGGCGCCGGCCUGGAUGUGAAGCAAUGCCUCCCACCACCGCGAGACUGGACGGAACGUGAGGAGAGACGGCGUACGUUCUGGAUGGCGUUCUGUGAGGACCGCUACGCCAGCAUUGGAACUGGAUGGCCCAUGACUGUUGACGAAAAGGACGUUAUGACCAAUCUACCAUCAUCAGAGGAGGCCUUCGACAUGAGCCGGCCUGAGCAAACUCAGUCUCUACAAGAAUGUAUGAGUCCGUCUGGAGCCGGAAAGCUGUCGUCUUUCGGUGGUAUUGUGCUCAUGGCAUGCCUCUUCGGUCGGAACCUCAUCCACCUUCAUCGGCCUGACGUGGACGACAGAGAUCACGAUCUAAACGGCGAAUUCUGGAAGCGCCAUCGUACUAUGGACAAUAUCUUGCUCAAUACUUCGCUUUGCCUGCCAACACAUCUCAAACUUCCCGCCGGUCUCGGGAACCCAAAUAUCGUCUUUACUAACAUGAGCAUCCAUACGUCUACUAUCUGUCUUCAUCAAGCAGCAAUUUUCAAAGCCGACAAGAACCGCCUCCCGGCGUCCGUGAGUGCCGAGAGCAAAGUUCGGUGCAUCACCGCAGCGAACGAAAUCGCGAGCAUCAUGAGGACCAUUUCGCACAUGGACCUUUCCGCGAUGAAUCCUUUCAUUUCAUUCUGCCUCUACGUGGCUGCGAGAGUCUUUGUUCAAUAUCUCAAGAGUCGGCCGGAUGACAGCCAAACAGCCGACUCACUGAGGUUUCUCUUAUCUGCUAUGAACGCGCUCAAGAGAAGAAACCCUCUCACGGAAUCUUUCCUUGUGCAGCUUGAUGUUGACCUGGAGGCCUUGGCGAUGCGGAUACCGAAGCUGAAGUCAGCUUUCCCGCGCAGUGGCGAUAGCCCCAAUGCAAACGGCGGGACCCGUGGGCCGGUAUGUGACGACCCUGAAGGGGUGCAGGGUAUCAUGUCCUACCGCAACGAAUGCCAUUUCAUGAAGGUUGGGGGCGACAAUGGGAACGCGGCGGCGGCACCAAGUAUUGUUGAGCCCGAGCUAGACACAGAUGGCGGUCCGAACUCAGCCUCCACCGGGUUCGGAGGUCAGAACUGGCUGUCGGCCGAACCGCCCAUAGCAUACGAGGGGAACAGACCCGGAGUCCAGUUACGUGGAUCAGUCCUGACUCCCAGCUCGGGUUCUCUAUAUGACAAAUCUGGGUCGAGCAGCGGGCAUAUGACUGGAUUCGGGCAAAGUGAAAGCAGCGGCGACAACAAUAUGUCUGGCUCGCCCGACGCGGAGCAGUCGAACAGACCGACACCUAAUUCUAGCUCGGCCUCGGAACAAAGAAUGAACAUUGCAUCGGGUGGCAGCAAUUCUUUCGACGCGAGCCCCGUCGCUGGGCACCAGAACAUCGACUCACAAGGCAACGGAGACGCAAAUGUGAACUUUUUCAACGAUGCCAGCGCUUUUGGGAUCAGGGGCACAGGCUUGACGCCAAACCAGAGGUUUUCCAUGCCAGCGACGCCUGGAGCAGAUUUUGGAAUGUCCAGCGGAUGGGGAGACUUACAAGGGCAGACGGGUAUGACGCCAGUCGCCGAAGGGGUGUUGCGGUCAUUGAUGAAUAUGGGGCCGAUGGAUGCAAUGGAUCUUUCGUCGUGGGAUGCUUCAAACUGA